AUCACGCGAUCGAUUUUAGACCACAUUGAUGUGUCAGGCAUCCCAGUUAAUCAAUCUGAAAUCUUCUGUAGUGGUGAAGCACCUGAAUGAAUCUUUAGAUACUUACGAAGUACAGGUUAGGAAUUCUUAGCCAAAGCUCAGCUAAGCAGGUGUACUAAAACUCUUUGAUGGGAGCAACAGACUACAGAUCUUCAGAAUAGCCGAGACCUUCCUAUCGGUAACAAAGACGGCAGCAUGAACACCAGAAGGGAAUGAUUUACAACAGAUACAGCUGUGUCAUUUAGAUGACUUGGUAAUCUUAUCUCGAAAUGGAAAUGCAAGACGUUUGCCAGGAUGGAGCAGAGGUGCAUGGAAGAGAAUCAAGUGACACGCUUUGGUCACUCGUAAAAGACUUCUGCGACUACACAUCUGCUCAUGGCCUGGGAAGGAUAAUGGCCGCCACACACUGGACUCGGACUGUGUUUUGGACGAUGCUGUUAUUAGGGGCAACGACGAUCAUGACGGUACAAGUCCACACUUUGUUCCAAAAAUACCAAAGACGGCCGCUCACUACCUUGGUGACAGUAGAAACAUCCACGAGUCUUCCAUUUCCAGCUGUAACUUUCUGCAACUUCAAUGCAAUCAAAAACGAUUCUCUUCAAGCAGCAAAGGAUACGGACAUGGAACUUUUCAACCAACUGUUUGCAAUUGAACUUGGAGCAAGGAAUGCCUCCUUAAGGGCUCACAGUAGAAAACGAAGAGCCAAUGAUGGCCCUAAACAAGUACAAAGCACCCAACCAACUCCUGGCAGAUCUGACGAAGAUGAUGAUGAUGAUGAUGAUGAUGACGAUUCAGACGAUUACCCUGACGACGAUGAUGAUUUCUGGGAUGACGAGGAGAGUAGAGAGUUUCAGGAUCCUGCUAAGAAAGAGCCGCGUUUCCUGAAAAGCGAGCAAAUGGCCGUUCUUAUGGCCACGAAACAGGAACGUCUUUUAAGUACGAUGGGUCAUCUUUUUGAGGACAUGGUGUUGUCGUGUACUUACAGAGGUGUUCCGUGUCGAAACUUCACAUCAUUUUUUUGGAAGAGUUUUUGGCAUUACAAAUACGGUAACUGUUACACGUUUAAUAGUGGCAAAACAAGCUCUGGAUCAAAUGCACGCGUAUUAAAAUCCAACAAGCCAGGACCAUCACAUGGGCUUAACUUAGAGCUCAACAUUGAGCAAGAAGAUUACAUCGGUGUUUUGGCUCCAGAAGCAGGAAUCAGAAUGGAUAUCAGCACUCAGGGCGAGAUGCCAUUUCCACUGGAGAGAGGAGUGAGUCUGGCUCCGGGAUAUGCCACAAUGAUUGGACUGAGAAAGGAAAUGAUAAACAGGGAAGAUCCCUUCGAGAGCAAGCGUUGUUUACAGACCGUCUCCAGUGAUAAAUCGAACUUGUACACAAAACACUUUGGAGCAGUCUACUCCGCAACGGCUUGCAAAGAUUCCUGCUUGGCGUACAAUCAACUUAAAGAGUGCGGAUGUAUGGAAUACAGAUUCCCUGGAAGUUCAUCGUACGGGAUCUGCAGCGUGACAGACAAAUUGACAAGCAAAUGUCUCAGCAAAGUCCAGAAGAAAUUCAGAGAAAACAAAUUGAAUUGCACUGACUCUUGUCCACCACCAUGCAGGGAGGAGGGUUUUAAGAUGAGUACUUCGUUUGCUAUCUGGCCAUCUGAGAGAUUUGAGCCAAUCUAUACAGAGGAGUUAAGGAACAAAAAGAAGCUGGUUACCAAAGAUGGAUCGCACAGAAAAAAUGUUUGCAAGUUACAAGUCUUCUAUGAGGAGCUUAACUUGGAGGUGAUAACAGAACGGCGGUCGUAUGAGAUUGAGGACUUCGUGUCCGACAUUGGCGGUCAGUUGGGUCUGUGGAUUGGAUUCUCUGUACUGACUGUGGCUGAGUUCCUGGAGCUAUUCAUGUUGCUAUUCCACGCAGCGCUUAAAAUCUGCAGAGCCAAGAAAACACCCGAGCCAAAUAACAACCCAUAUCGGAUCUAAAGGAUAGAGAAAAUCCUGUACUUUCGUCUAAUCUGUUCAUCUUCAUUUGUUACUUUUGAAAGCGUAGUUUAUACAUAGCCAAAGAGGCGCUAAUUUAUUAUUUAUUUUCGGUUUGAAGAAAUUGAAAAAGACAGAUUAUCUAAACAAUUGACAUGGAAAAUAAAAUAACUCAACGACAUCAAGCUUCAUCAAGUUGUUUAAAACAUGCAAUGGACAAAUCAUGCAUUGAACUACAAGCUGAUCAGCUGUUAUUGUUGGUAGACCGUCCAAGUGACGGAUCGUCUUGGUCCUUUGGAAAGAAAUACAAUAGCAAAGAUGAUGGUAAUCAGCUAUAGCAAAAUAUUUGCCGAGUUUGCAACUGGAGAGAGGUACAAAAUGGACAAAUGUUGCUCUGUACACAAGAUUAAGUCAACGAAAAAAAAUUACAAAAAGCUAUUUAUUGCAAGUUGUAAACCCGUAUUACUAUAUGUUGUACGCUUUGCUGGCUCCUCUUCCGGUUUUCUUUUUUUCUGAGUUCCUGCUGCUAAAGCCAAAAUUUCUGCUGGCACUCCAAUUCAGUUUGACAGGGGCGGGGUCUCCCAUAUACAUGAUAAUUUGAUAUGGUAACUACAUGGUACCAAUUAAAGUAGCUUAAACGAAAAGAAAGGCCUGUUAUUUGUUUUUUUGUUUAACGUUCAGCCCAGUGAGAACUUCUACGGCUUAGAGCUUGAAAUAAUUCAAAUAUGGGAACAAACUAGGGGGAUUUUUAGGGGGAUGAUUAGGUGGCGGGUUUACUUAGAAGGGGCCCUUGUGUUCUUUUGUAUGCCCACCUGCCUCAUGGCGAAUCUAUAAAAUAAAAAUAAAAUAAAUAAAAUAAACUGUUGACAGAACUGAGAAAAGGUGAUUGGAAAUAUUUUUAAUAAAAUAAUUCAUAAGCAUAUAUUUUAACAAAAUGUUUAUCUAUUAAAUUUUUUCUUCUUGUAAGUCAUGGAUCAGGAAGUGAACUGUGAUCGGUAGAUGCAAUUACAAAGAAAGAAUAUAAAAAAGCAAACAGCUAAUU